AUGUUCGGACUCCGCGCCUGGCCCACACCCAUUGUCAAGCCCCUGUGGCCAUUCAUGAUCGGAUCCGCCCUUACUUUCGCUGGUGUUUGGAAGCUGCAGAACGUUGCUUUGCAAUCGGAGGAGGCCAGGAACGACCCAAAGAACCCGUUCGCCAAAACUGCCAAGUCUGGUGGCCACUAG